CCCUCUCUCCCUAAUUUUCGGCCAUCCCUCAUCCAGCAAGAGCAAGAGAGCUUCCACCUUCCUUCUCCAUUGUUGAAGAGAGCUCAACAAGAAGAAAUCCCAAGAAAAGGAACUAAAGUGCUAAAAGUGUGAAUAAUUAAGGCACUUGUAAAGGGUGUUUCAAGUGAUUUCACAAAGUUGGAAAAGUCGCCGGAGUUGUCGCCGGAGUUGACCAAAAGUCGCCGGAGUUUCACCGGAGUUCAACCAAGAAGGGUAGAACUUCAUACGCUAGUUCAAGGUUGAAGCUAGAGCUUGCUACUUGCACCUUCUCACGGGUGAUAUCAAAUCAGGGAGACGUGAAAUGGAGGGCAGGCGAAUGAGGACCAGGAACAAUCCGAGGGGGCAGGCGCCGGUAGCAUCCCAAAGGGGAAGCCGGGCUGCAUCUCGGGGUUCGAGAGGAGGCCGUGGAGGCCGUGGAAGCCGUGGAGGUCAUCAAGCUCAAACUGUGAGUGAUGGCCAUGUGAGCUCGGUGUAUGAAACCAACACCGAAGACUAUGACUCAACCUACGUUCCAGAGACGGAGCAUGAAGAGACCCCGUAUGAUGGGGGUGAUGCAUACACCGAUGAUGAUGAUGAAGAGAGUGAUGCCAAGUUCGCCCAAAUGGGCGAAUUGCUUGAGUGGUAUCAAAAAGAAAAACUGAGGAGAGACCUUAGGCGCCAAGCGAGGCGUGGCUCUCGUGGAGGUUCGGGUCAAGGAAGCCGGGGAGCUUCCGUGGCCACCCCAGCGGCGUCACAAGGUGGGCGUGAAGGAGGUUUUGUUGUGAGAAUCUCCAAGUACCUCAAGGAGGCUAGGGCCUUGGGGUGUAGGUCCUUUGACGGCACCGGUGACAUUACCGUUGCCGCCGAUUGGAUUAAGAAGGUGAAGGAUGCAUCAAGAGACAUGCAAAUCACACCGGACGUGAAGUUGACUGUCGCUUCACGGCUACUUGAAG